AUGACCGACGAACAAUGUGCGGCGAAGAAGAAGUGCAUGGGAUCGGAUUGCGACAAUGAUGCUGGCUCAUUGCAAUGUCCUACUUGCCUGAAGCUCGGGAUCAAAGAUAGCUUUUUCUGCUCCCAAGAUUGCUUCAAGAAGAACUGGGCCACACACAAGCUUAUGCACAAGUCGCAAAGCAAUGAAAUAUACAACCCUUUCCCUACCUUUCCCUACACUGGGCCACUCCGACCGGCUUAUCCUCUGUCCGAACACCGAACGUUGCCGAAAUCGAUUCCGCAUCCCGUUUGGUGGCAAGAUGGAAACCCGAAAUACAGCAGGUCGCUGAUCAAUCGCAACAAGAUCGAAAUACUCGAUGCCGCAGGCCAGCAAGCCAUGCGCAAGAGCUGCAAGCUGGCUCGCGAGAUUCUGGACAUCGCCGCGGCCGCGGCCAAGCCUGGCGUCACAACAGAUGAGAUCGACAGGAUUGUACAUGAAGCAUGUAUAGAACGCAAGUCGUAUCCUUCGCCACUCAACUACAAUCACUUUCCGAAGUCUUGUUGCACAUCACCGAACGAAGUCAUUUGCCAUGGUAUUCCUGAUAAGCGACCGCUGGUUGAUGGCGACAUCCUGAACAUUGAUAUCUCUAUAUAUCACGAAGGGUAUCAUGCAGAUCUUAACGAAACCUACUACAUUGGUGAUAAAGCUAGCGCAGACCCCGAGAACGUGCGGGUUGUCGAGGCAGCGCGAGAGUGUCUCGAAGAAUCGAUCAAAGCAGUUAAACCAGGUGUACUUAUCAGAGAGUUCGGCAACAUCAUUGAGAAGCACGCGAAGAAGAAGAAUUGCAGCGUCAUCAGGACCUACUGCGGCCAUGGAAUCAACAAAUUGUUCCAUUGUCCGCCUAACGUGCCCCACUACGCGAAGAACAAGGCCGUCGGAGAGUGCAAGCCUGGAAUGACCUUCACAAUCGAGCCCAUGAUAGCUCUGGGCAAGUACCGUGAUGUGACGUGGCCGGACAACUGGACGAGCACCACCAUAGAUGGCAAACGGACGGCUCAAUUCGAACACACCCUUCUGGUCACGGAAACUGGCGUCGAGAUUUUGACCGCCCGCACCGCGAACUCUCCCGGAGGACCAGUAUCUUUGCCCGCAGUCGAAAACGGCGCUUCCGCUUAG